GUACAUGAAGGGAAAAGAAAAAAUCAGUCACAUGUGACAUCAACCUCAUUUAUGAAAACUUCCAAGAAAGGAUAUUUGUUAUCCUUCUUGACCUCCUCUCUCUCCUCUGUAAAUCAAAAUUAUAUAAACAAACACAACAAGUAAGACUCAAUACAGGGUGGAUCAGCCAAAUUAGAAAAACCAACAUUAAGAAAAGAUCACCAUCAUCAUCAUCAAAUAUCAUCAAACAAACAGGACCCCCAUUUUGUCGUAAGACUCUUCAUACUCACAAUAAAAUAAACAAACACAACAAACAUUGGCGCCAAACAGCUAAUUCCACCAUCAAAUAACAAAGAGAUCUACCCUCAUUUUUUUCUCUCUCUCUGAUUUACUACUCAAUUUUGUUUCAACAAAACCCCCAAAAAAAAAGUGAAAAAAUGAGUAGCAGUGAUGCGGAGGAUGCGAGGGCGGAGCUCCGAAAACCGUUUCUUCAUACGGGUAGUUGGUAUCGGAUGAGUACGGGUGGUGGAAAAGAUCCGAUUAGUAGUGGUAGUAUGAUGAUGGGUUCAAGACAAUCUAGUAUUUUCGGGUCUAUUGCUAAUAUGCGUGAAUCCGCCAUUUCCAUUGUUUUCUGUGUUUUUGUUGUUGCUUUGGGUCCCAUCCAAUUUGGUUUCACCUGUGGGUAUUCAUCCCCAACUCAAUCCGACAUCAUUAAGGAUCUUGACCUUAAAGUUUCCGAGUUCUCAUUGUUUGGAUCAUUGGCUAAUGUGGGAGCAAUGGUGGGGGCAAUUGCGAGUGGACAGAUUUCUGAAUACAUUGGAAGAAAAGGGUCAUUAAUGAUCGCCUCAAUCCCUAACAUUAUAGGAUGGCUUGUCGUUUCAUUUGCGAGGGAUGUCUCGUUUCUUUACAUGGGACGCCUGCUGGAAGGUUUUGGUGUUGGCAUUAUUUCCUACACGGUGCCUGUUUAUAUAGCCGAAAUAGCACCUCAAAACAUGAGGGGAAUGCUUGGAUCAGUGAACCAGCUUGCUGUUACCAUUGGCAUAAUGAUCGUUUACCUGUUGGGAAUUUUUGUUGAGUGGAGAGCACUUGCAAUCAUUGGAAUCCUACCUUGCGCUGCGUUGAUACCUGGAUUGUUUUUCAUACCAGAAUCUCCUCGCUGGCUGGCAAAAAUGGGGAUGAUGGAAGAAUGUGAAGCGUCUUUGCAAGUUCUGAGAGGAUUCGAUACAGAUAUCUCGAUUGAAAUGAAUGAAAUCAAAAAAUCUGUGGGAUCAUCCAGCAAAAGAACAACAAUUAGCAUUUCACAUCUCAAGAGAAAAAGAUAUUGGUUCCCAUUGAUGUUAGGAAUCGGAUUACUUUUGCUUCAGCAGCUCUGUGGUAUUAAUGGAAUAUUGUUCUACUCCCGCACCAUAUUUGAAAUGGCAGGAAUAUCUGAGGGUGCUGUCGCCACAUUUGGUCUUGGAAGCAUUCAGGUGGUUGCUACUGGAGUUGCCACUUGGCUGAUGGACAGGGCUGGCCGAAGGGUUCUUCUUAUAGUAUCCUCUGUUGGAAUGACUGCUAGCCUCCUCCUAGUUUCAGUCGCAUUUUAUCUGGAGACCAUCGUACCAAAAGACUCGGCAUUGCACAGCACGUUGGGCAUUCUCUCUGUCGUAGGCCUCGUGGCAAUGGUGGUUUCCUUUUCUUUGGGAAUGGGACCCAUUCCUUGGCUUAUAAUGUCUGAGAUACUUCCAGCUAGUAUAAAAGGCCUUGCUGGCAGUGUAGCAACAAUGGCGAACUUUCUAACUUCCUGGGGUGUCACUAUGACUGCAAACUUGCUGCUCGGCUGGAGUAGCGGAGGAACCUUUACAAUUUACACAUUUUUUGCUGCUUUUACUGUGAUAUUUGUGGCUGCAUGGCUUCCGGAGACAAAAGGAAAGACGCUCGAGGAGAUUCAAGCAUACUUCAGAUAAAUGCACAAGUUUGUGGUUAUCCCUACUUGGCAUUUCAUGAGCAUUUUAUGCAGCAUACACAGAAGACUGGAAGGUUAGAAGAUUACAUUUGUUUUCAUAAGUAUACAGAAAAGCUACUGCUUUUAAGAAAGCUGAUUCUUGUAUUUGGGACAACAAUGCUACUCUUUCUUUUCAUAUCAUUUGAUUCAUCUCGCGACUGUUGUACAAACAAUACGCUUUAUACGCGUUCAUAUGUAUUAUUCAGAUUCUGAAAAAGAAAAAUGCAAAUAUGGAAUUCCAUUCUUCGUAA